AUGCCUGGCGGAGGUGUCUGUGCUGUCCUCGACUACGAGGUCGACAUGAUGGCUGAAUACGUUGCUGAGAUGGCCAUCGAGCUGGUCCUCCCGCAGUCGCCAGUCUCGCCAUCCUUCCGGAAGUUUGUCUCGCAAAUCCUGUCGUCCACUCGUCUGCCCAGGGCCACUAUCCUCCUUGGCAUGAACUACCUCUCCAAGCGGGUCAAUGGUCUGAAGGCUAUCGGUACCUUCCAUCCCAUCGAGGGACAGGUCUGGCGGAUGUUGACCAUCGCCUUGCUCCUCGGCAGCAAGUUUCUCGACGACAACACGUUCCAGAACCGAUCCUGGUCCGAGGUCUCCGGUAUUUCGGUCGCCGAGCUGAACAAGCUGGAGGCAGAGUGGCUCGUGGGCAUCGGCUGGAACCUCUACGUCAACUUGGAGAGAAGCGAGGACUACAACGCCUGGUUGGACAACUGGGGCCAGUGGAUGGGUCGCAAGAAGAUGGCCCAGACUCUGGCGAGCCGCGAGAGGCUCGCAGCUCUUGUGCCCCCCAUCGACACCGACUUUGCUCGUCCUCGCAACCAGGCUUACACCCUGUGGCACCAGCAACAGGUUGCCGAGUAUGAGCGCCUUUCUAGCAUGAAGCGCGCGGAGCAACCUCAGCAGCAGGCAGGAUACCGCCCACAGGAGAUUGGUUGGAACCAGUACUCUGCCGGUCCAUGGUCGAGCGCUCCACUCACUCCGCCCGAUUCUGGUUACGGUACUCCCGAGUACCCGGCCUCUGCAACGUCCGGCAACGGUCAGUUCUAUGGCGACUGGUUCAACCGCGCGUUUGCCAACGACGCUCAGGCUCAACGAUACUCGCGACAGAAUUCGGCCCACAACAUCUACCACCACGGUCGACACUCCCAGUAUCCUGGCUUUUACAACUACGGGCAGAACAUCUGGGACAACAACGUGGCAGAGUGUCCUUGUGCUAACUGCACGGGUCCUGUGGGCAUGAAGAGCCAACACUACUUCAUGCCGACUGCCGCUUACGGCCAGGCUGUCCUGGGUUGA